AUGUCCACCGAAGGGAAGUCUUCAUCGAAGAAGCAACACGACUCCCAGAUGGACCCUCAAAAGAAGACCGUGGAGGCGGAUGACAGCGGACUCGGCACGACUAAGUCCCGAACUACAUCGUCCGACGUGACGUCCGGCGACGUUCACGACCCGCCGAAAGUUGGGCUAAGCCGCGCCAAGUCUCCUGCCAAAAAGAGCGCGCCCGGACCAAGCGGCGCCAAGUCCCCUGCCAAAAUGAACGCGCCCGGACCAAGCGUCACCAAGUCCCCUGCCAAAAAGAACGCGCCCGGACCAAGCAGCCCCAAGUCGCCGGCAAAGAAGGGUGCUGCACCCGGAACACCGGGAAAGUCCACCCUGAAAAAAGCACUGGGGUCGCUCUUUAAAAGCUCCUCCCCGAAGCCUCCUGCACUGGGGGCGUCUCCCUCGAAUAUCACCGCCCGAACAGGCGACUGGGUCGAGGAGCAUCAGGGGAUGGGUUGCGUGGAAACUGAUCCGGACACCGGAUCACCGCUCCCCGUGUACCAUGAGCCCCAGUACCAGUACUUCGAUAACCGCGGUGAGGCAAUCGAGGUGUUCCCACCCAAUGUGCUCGAGCAGGAAGGCAUACGCACCAAGGCCCCGCUGGCCUCGGUGGAAGACCUCACCAGUCCGGGGAGCGAGCGUCCGGACAGUCCCAUUCCUUCGACCUCCUUCGAAACCGAGGCCAGGAUCCGCGACCCUCCGCCGCCGGACCGUUCCCCGUCGCCGCCUGUGAGUCGCUACCCUGCCAACCAGGAAGCCAAAAAGAAAGGGCGCGAGAAGUCUCAGUGA